AUGCCGCCGCGCGCUGCGUCGCCUCACGUGCAACGCCUGGCGAAGCAGCUCUUGGCUUUGCCGAAAGCGGAACUGGAACAGGUUCGAAAGGAGUGCCGGGAGCGACUGAUACCGAAGCCUUCUUUUGCUUCGUCGAAAGCCAUGCCAAAGACGUAUGAUCCGAAGCUCAAGCGCUUGCGAAGCGAUUGCCCUUUGUCGGUACGGCAGCAUUUGGCCACCGUGGGACAUCGAAUGGGGGCUGUUCACCCCGCUUACAUCUUCGCAGGAGCUGGGCCCUGCAUCCUCCCAUCACAGGUGCCUGCAUUGAGCAUGGCGGUGAUGGCACCGCACUGGGCCAACAUGCCAGAGAUGGCACCUGGCCCACCUGGCCCUGGCCCACCCGGCCCUGAGCUACCGGCUCUGGAAGCGACAGCACAAGAAGAGGCAGAAGCUGAAGCUCCACAAGAGGCACCGACAGCAAAGCCCACGAAGAAG